AUGUCCACCCCUUCUCCCUUGAAGAGACUCGUGCGUCGCUUCCGUCGAGGAAACACCGACGGCGCUGGAGAUGGCACGGGUGCAAAAGGCACAGCAGCUGCCGCACCUGCUCCCAAAGGCAAGAAGCGCAAAGGUAACGCCGGCGGCGAACCGGCAGCCAAACGAGUUGCCACUACGCCCAAUCCAAAAGCUGCAGAAGAAGCACAAAGCCCAUUGUUGCCAGAGUCAUCCACAAGUUUUAGAACGAUCGGGGCUUCAAUGCAUGCGGCUGCAAAUCCCGACCGAAUUCGCUUGUUCGAUGAAGCUCCCUCGCAAGCAGAGAUAACCCAGUAUCAACGUGACGGGGUUCAAUAUAAACAUUGGAUGGCCAAUACCAACCCAACUGGGCCUGCAUCUAUAGUACCCCUGUCGACACUGACCAUAAACGCUCUUAUCCAGCCCGUCCCGCCGAAUAAUCGGCCACUAUUUGAGGUAAAGAGGUCAUCAUUCGAGGCCACGCCGGAAGAGAUCAGAGAGAGUCUCAGAUCGACGAAUAUUCCUGUAGAUUCAGAAGCCUGGCGCUUUUCACAUCUAACGCAUUGGAACAGAAACUCGCCGUGUUACAAGCAUUACAUCAUACAGGGUGCUAUCAUUGCUAGUGAGAUUUUUAGAAGAGGGUAUGGGCCGCAAUGGAAUGAUGUUGCUUUGGCUUUGUAUAAACAGGCUGCUCACGUUGAUACUCUCAAGUAUAUUUUCUUCACGAAUGUUGAGAAUGAAGAGACGCAACCUUUGUUGGGGUAUGUUAUUUAUCCAACUCGAGAUUGGAAUAUCGAGGGUAAUUUAAUACCCCCGGUUAUCCGUACUUGGGAUAUGAAUACUACAACCUUCGAGCAAAUCCUGGGAACACAGAUUGGGAGAAGUGCCGCUCGGCUGGUGCUAGGGGCUUGGCCGGUAGGUACGCAUCAGAUUACUAGGAUUCAUACUUGGUAUUUGAGAACGGAUUUACAUAUGCGGUUUGAUAUUGAGCCGAUUGUUGCUGCUCCAAACCCUUGA